AUUUACUCCGUUGCUGUUUCUUUUAUAUCCUUCGUUUUUUCAUUUUUUUGGGGUCAAUUCUUCCUGUUAGUUUCGUCUUUUCUGAAAAUUGUCUUCACUCUUAACACUGCCUCGUGUUUAUCAGGAUACUCGCUUUCUGGUUAGGGACACCAGGUUGAAUAAUAUUUUCCACCAUUUUAAUUCCGAUUCGGGGUUAGUGCAUGCGGAUUUAGCCUAAUUUUGUUUCCGAACUAGAAGAUUUUAGAUUUCUGAUGCGGUCACAACAAAUUGAACUCUUUCUACUCGAUUCCUGAAGUUUAAGUUCUGUGGGAUUUCAUUGUAAAUUCUGCUCAAUUGGUUCUCUGUAUAGUGAAUCUGUUUCUUUAUUUUACUGUGCUUGAUUGUGGAAUUGAGAGGGGGGAUUUACUGAUUUAGAUUUGUGCUGGUGUGAGCUUGGAUGGGCUUCUGAUUCUGUUUCGUUCAGAUUUUACCAAACCGGGACUAAAAUGAACUUCGGAAACGACCAUGGGGGCGGAAACACCGGCGGGGGAAGGCCACCGGCAAAUUUUCCACUAGUACGACAGUCGUCAGUCUACUCCUUGACAUUCGAUGAGUUUGUGAGUACUAUGGGAGGUUCGGGGAAGGACUUUGGGUCGAUGAAUAUGGAUGAGUUGCUCAAGAACAUCUGGAGUGCUGAAGAGGUUCAAACAAUGGCUUCCCUGAGUAGUGCUCAACAGGGUGGAAGUGCCUCUGGCGGACAUUUGCAGAGACAAGGCUCCUUGACGUUGCCGCGAACACUUAGCCAGAAAACCGUAGACGAGGUUUGGAAGGAUAUUUCCAAGGACUAUGGUGCGGCGGGGAAGGACGCUCCAAACAUGCCACAGAGGCAGCAGACUUUGGGAGAGAUGACGUUGGAAGAGUUCUUGGUGAGAGCCGGGGUUGUCAGAGAAGAUGCACAAGCACAGUUGAUGGGAAAGCCAAAUGGCGGGGAUUUCCCCGAUUUAUCUCGUACUGGAAAUAAUAGUGGUAUAGGAUUGAGUUUUCAGCAGAUGAAUAAGGGUACUGGCUUAAUGGCAAACCAAAUUACAGGGAAUAAUGACCAACUAUCUCUUCAGUCUCGCACCAAUUUGCCAUUGAAUGUAAACGGUGCUAGAUCGAAUCAGCAACAGCUGCCGAAUUCGAAGUCACCACAGCCACAGAUAUUUCCCAAGCAGCCUGCCAUGCCUUAUGCUGGUCAGAUACCAUUAACGAACAACAACCAGCUAGGUAAUCAGGGAAUGAGAGGUGGAAUGGCGGGUAUUGUGGACCAGGGUCUGAAUGGUAAUCUGGUUCAGAGUUCUGCACUGCAAAGUGGAGGGAUGGGUAUGGUUGGUUUAGGACCUGGGGCUGUUCGCGUAGCUACAGGCUCACCAGCUAAUCAGCUGUCUUGCGAUGAAAUUGGAAAGAGUAAUGAUGACAAUUCGUCAGUGUCGCCCCUUCCUUACGUGUUCAAUGGUGGUUUAAGAGGGAGGAAAAGCAGUGGAGCUGUGGAGAAAGUUAUUGAGAGGAGGCAGAGGAGAAUGAUUAAAAACAGAGAGUCUGCUGCUCGGUCCCGCGCUCGCAAGCAGGCCUAUACCAUGGAAUUGGAGGCAGAGGUUGCAAAGUUAAAAGAGGAGAAUGAAGAGCUUAAGAGGAAGCAGGCAGAAAUCAUGGAGAUGCAAGAGAAUCAAGUAAAGGAGAUGACGAAUUUGCAGCAAGGGGCUAAGAAAAGGUGCUUAAGACGAACACAAACUGGACCAUGGUAGAGUGAAAAUCGGACGUUGACUCCACUGUUGAAAGCCAUGUAUCUUAGAUUAAUGUACAUACAUAUAAAACCAUAUUUUGUUGUAGAUUCAUAGGUAGUUUCUAGAUUAGCACAAAGUUUGAUAUCUGGUUCCUUUUUGGAACACCAUAGUGGUUAGGCAAGGGUGAGAAAUAUAUCGUGUGAAUAUGUUUUAGCACACGUCCGACUUCGUGCCACCGUUGCCCAUUUGUUACUAUCUUGCGCAGUCUGCUCCUCGCUGGACGUAUUUGUUGGGCACAUUAAAGUUUUUUGGUCUUAGAUUUAACCCGUUGUGGCACAAUUGGUGGUUCAGAGUGGCCUAAAGUAACGUGUUAUCUGGCGGUCAUUUUUCUAGUUGCAUGAAAGCGGAAACCACUUGUUUCAGCCAGAAAUGUGUUAUCCUGUCGUAUGCGUUGAAGACGCCCUAAAAGGUUACCCGGUGCACUCAUAAUUCACCGCCUAAUGUCGCGCUGGUAGGUGGGCUUGUGGUGGGUAUUGUAAAAAUGAAAUCAAUGCAAUUUCCGACAUAGUAAAUGAGUAUGAAUUCUCUGAAGUAAUGAA